UUUUGGGAACCAAUGGCUGAUGCUGUUCUUUAUCUUCCCCGCCCCAAAAGGCAUAGUUAGAGAUCUGCACAUGGCCAAGAAGUAAUGUGUGCAAUAUAGCAAGCAGAGAGUGAGAGGGAAGGUACAGCUGAUCUUGGACAAAUGGCCUAUUGAUCGAACAACUGAUUAUGAGAUCGUGUCAGCCUCAUCAAGAGCACCAAGAUCAAACGACCAAGGCAUCACUGUAUGCAUGUGCGGAUUAGAGCAGCAACACACUGCCAUUGAUAUAUUUGAUAAACUGCAUGUUGGGAUAGAAGAAUGGCCCACUCUCUCCUUUCUCUCCCAGCCCAGGUUCCUGGCCCCAGACAGUGGGUGAGAUGUGAGGAAGGCAGUGCAUGAUGGCUGUUUCCCACAAGGCUCACUUUGUGCAAUGCCUGAUCCUAACAGAAAGGGAAUGCGACAGCAAGUGGUGCGCCUCAUCGCUGCCUCUAAGGCCAUGUCUGCACUUACCGGGGAUCGAAGACCUGCUAAAUUGAUAGCAGAGUGCUCUCCGGUCGACUCUGGUACUCCACCGGAAUGUGAAAAGUAAGGGCAUGGGGGAGAAGGGCUACACCAGGGACACGCAGCAGUGCCAUGUGAAAAUAAACGAGCUUCAGCACGUGUACCAGAAGACAAGGGAGGCGAACCGUCAUUCUGGUUCUGCCCCACAGACGUGCUGUUUUUAUGAGCAGCUGCAUGCGAUUCUCGGCGGCGACCCCACCACUACCCCAAAACUCUCCGGGGAUACCUCCCAGGAGCCCCAGGCAACCUUGAGCAACAAUGAGGAGGAGGAGGACAUUGGUGAGGAGGAGGAGAAUGUGAGGCAGGCAAGCGGAGGAUCCAUUCUCCCCGACAGCCAAGAACUGUUUUUAACCCUGGAGCCCACCCCUUCACAGGACCAGUUGGAGGCGGAGCGUGAUGCCGGGGAAGGCACCUCUGGUUUCUGGGAAGGGCUUCCUUAUUCCAUCCACCAUGGUAGGACACUUUCCCGUGCCACUCCAGUAUUAACUCUGCUAGCAUCGUUGCAGCACACAGCAUUGCAGCAUAAGGACCAGCUGAAACCCUGUCCGUCGGCACAUUCUCAACACCGGGACAGAUUAGAAGGUGGAAAAAGAAGACUCUGGAGGACAUGUUCAAUGAGUUAAUGCACUCCUCCAAGAGUGACAAGAUGGAGCUCAGAGCAUGGAGGAUCACACUGUCCGAGAACCUGGACCUGGACAGGACAGCAUGCAGGGAAAAAGAGCGCGUCACACAGGAGGAGAUGCUGCGGAGUAUGAAGGAGCAAUCAGACAUGUUGAGGCAUCUGGCUGAGGUUCAAGAAAGGCAGCUGGACGCUAAAGUCCCUCUACAGCCUAUGCUGAACCGGCUGCCAUCAUCACCCAUUUCUACAUCCUCCCCCCCAAACAUCCUGCGGGCGGGGAGCGGGGAGGAGUUUGGUAUCCCUCACACUCAACACCAGGUGAGGGUAUAAAAACCAGAAGGCGCCCAUUCCCACACCUUUGAUUGUUAUGGCAAUGCAUCUGUAAGCAAGCUUUCCUUGUUUCUCCCCCCCGCAGUGUUAUCAGCCCUUUUGGCCCAGGUUAUCUUACUUGUCUUUGUUGUCUCUGUGUGUUUGUGUGCAUAAUAAAAUUUACCAGAU